AUGAGUCUCAGAGUUUUAGUUGAGUCUCGGUAUGUUUUACCAACUCCUGAUUUGUUUUCGAUGAGUCUCGAUCCGUUUUCGCCGAAUCUCGAUGUCAUUGUUGAGUCACGGUUCGUUUCCAGUGAGUUUGGUCGUUUUUUCCGAAUCUCGAUGCCUCUACCGAGUUUAGGUUUGUUUUCGCCCCGAGCACCACCACCAUCUACUCUCCUCAACACCCAGCACCUCUCAAACUCCCACAGCCCCGAUUACUACUCCCCAGCCGAGCGACCCAGCACCUCCACAGAACCACCAUCCUCCACCAGAUCCCCUUCGACCAGCGAGCCAGCUCCAGAUCCGGCCUCUCAAACUCACGCAAGCCCCCUCCAUUCUCGGCACCAGCAACCCAAACAAACCUCCACCCAAUCGAGCUACCAUCUCCCUCACGAACACCUGCAAGAGUCCCCCAUAUCCCUGCUCUCCCCCUCAUUCUCUCGGACCAUCACCAUCCUUGUCUCUCUCUCUCUGAUCUGCACUUCUCCCCCAUCUCCCUCUCUCUGGUUUACCCACAGUCCCGAGCACAACCACCUUCAUCUUCCCUCUCGGCUACUCUCCCCCCAGCUAAGCCACACUAGAUCCCACCUGCAAGCACCAGCCGUGAAGAACACACCUCACCACCUCUCAGCCACCAGCCCCCUGCAACCUCAACUCUCCACAAAACCAAGGAGCACUUCCACAGCAACCAUUCAGCUCCCUCUCAAACUCCAGCAACCCGAGCCACCACCACUAGCAUCACCAACUACCACGGCUCCGCCCCCUGUUCGGAGCAUCAACAACUCCAGGAAAUCCUAAAGAUUGGGUCUAGCAGGCUAGAGGAGCCAGACUAGUGGUGUAAAUUUUAUAUAGGUAGUGUGCAGAUAGAGAUUUUAUUUUUGUUUAGUUUUAUGAGAUGUAAUUAUGUGAAAAUAGAUAUAUUUGUGUAUAAAGAUAGUUAGAACUCUGGUAAUGUAAUUUGAGGAUUUUAUAUUUUAUUUUCGUUGCGUA